AUGAAAAACGAAUGCAACUUGUCAUUUAAAAAGGUACAGCUUCACUCAGUAGUCAGAAAUAGUGACGACAAUAUCGACAAACGGUACGACUGGAUCAUCAAAUGGACACGAACGGAUAUGGAUUUUCUUGGAAACUGUAUAUUCAUCGACGAAUCUGGAUUUCAUAUCAACAUGAGACGUGGUUUGGCAUGG